AUGAGAAGCGCCAGAGGGACAAGCGAGGCAGUGCAGCGCACACAGGUGAAACGGCGUCUGUCCACUGGCGUCUAUGCCCAGGCGCGGCUUGGUUCUAUUUCCCAACAGUGCCAUAAGGCACUCCGCGGAGCUCAAAAUGGCAGCUGUGUGCAAAGCAGUCCUAUUCCCGUCUUCCGCGUUCGUAGCAUCUACGUUCGCCCCCGCCUCGAGAGCCCGUCGAACGCUCACCGCGUCCAUUGCCUGCACCGAUGCAAAGAGGCAUUGUGUGGCUUUUCCAAUUUGUGGAAUUGGUUGCGUGGAGUGAACGGGCAGCGGUGGAGCAGCUUCCGAGGCGCCAGCGGUCGUCCUUAUCAAGACCCAUGCAAGCACCACACCCUUCUCAGCUACAAAUGA